AUGGCUGGUCUGCCUGAAGAUUUAGAAAGCGCUGAAGUCGUCGCAGAACGAUGGAAAAAUGAUGGUCUCCUAGUAAUAAAACCAAAAUAUAAUGUUCUUCUUUCAUAUCCAGAUGAUAAUAAUCCCAAUCGAAUUACUCUCACAAGUGGUGAUGGCUUAGUCAUCAUACAAACAAAUGGAACCGAAAAAGUCUAUGAUUCAACACAACCAAAAACAGUAAAUCCAUUUCUUGCUUAUACACCUAAUGGAACUGUUAAUAGUACAAAGCUAUUCUAUGGUAAUUAUGGUACACUUGAAGAUCUUCAAACAUUAGCAUCUGUAGUUGGAAAUGCGAGUCUUCAAGGAAGUAUCAUUAUUAUGAGAUAUGGUAGCAUAUUUCGAGGAGAUAAAAUAAUGCAUGCUCAAUAUUUUGGAGCUAUAGGUGCUAUAUUAUAUAAUGAUCCAGCGAACUAUGCCCCGUUUGGAACAACAGCCAAUCAGGUGUAUGACCAAAAAUGGUAUAUGCCUCCAAGUGGUGCACAACGAGGCUCUGUGUUAAUUUUGGAUGGUGAUCCACUCACACCUAUAUACCCAUCUACCGAUUACAUGUACCGAUUGAAAGAAGAAAAUGUGAAAUAUUUACCUAAAAUUCCUGCUCAACCUAUUGGUUAUGCUGAAGCUCAAGUUAUUUUACAAUAUCUCGAAGGUAAUGAAGUGCCGGUAGAAUGGCGUGGAGCUCUUCCAAAUGUCACAUAUCGUUAUGGAGGAGAACUUCAUAAUGGAUCAGAUGCUUGGAGUUUAGGUUCGAUUGAUCCAACAAGUGGAACAGCUACUAUGCUAGAAAUAACACGAGUACUUGGUGAAAUGUACAAAAAUGGUUUUCGACCACGGCGUAGUUUAAUGUUUUGUUCAUGGGGAGCAGAAGAAUAUGGACUCAUUGGAUCAAUGGAAUAUGUUCAGGAAUAUGUUAAAGUAUUGGGUGCACGAAUUGUCUCUUAUUUGAAUGUAGAUAGUGCAGUACAAGGAAACCAUACGAUUCUAGUCAAAACUGCUCCAAUGUUGUUUGAUAUUAUUGUCGAAGCAUCCAAAAUGGUUCCAAGUGCCUAUGAUGCUCCUGGACAAACUGUGUAUGAUAAAUGGAUGCGUGUUAAUCGAAAUAAUGUAACUAAUGAACCAAAAUUAACAUACGGUCUUGGAUCAGGUAGUGACUUCUUUAGUUUUGAUCAAUUGGUUGGCUCAUCAAAUAUGGAUGCAAGAUAUACCUACGAUUCAGCUGAGCAAAGAAAUAUAGCUUCACAUCCACUUUAUCACACAUCUUAUGAAGUCUUUUCAAUGAUGAAAAACUUUGUUGAUCCCGAUUUUACAGCUCAUAGAACAAUGGGACAAUUUAUAGGUGUUCUGGUAUUACUUCUGUCUGAGGCACCAGUUUUACAAUUUAAUGUAACACGAUAUACAACGGCACUUAUGCAGACUAUGAAUAACCUUAAACCUAACGAUCCUACUGUUCUCGAUCCUCUUCGAAAUGCCAUCAAUGAUUUUGGUAAGACAGCUGAAGAUUUUGUUGCACGAUCAAAAUUAAUGGAUAGGGAAAAUCCGUACGAAAUUCGAUUUUACAAUGAUCAAUUGUUACAACUUGAACGUGCAUUUCUAAAUCCAUUAGGUCAAGGUGGUGAUCAUACUGAUUUUAAACAUAUUGUCUUUGCACCAGCUAAAGACAAUCAAUAUGCAGCAAGUGGUUUUCCUGCUAUCAGUGAUGCCAUUUUUAGUAAUAAUCAGACGGAAAUCGAGUAUCAAGUAGCUAUAGCGACUUAUUUUGUACGCGGUGCUUUAUCUACAUUAAAAGAUUUUAAUAAUUUUUUUUCAUAA